UUUUAAUUUUUUUGUCAAUUAUUUUAUUUUUUUCUUUGUUUUUUCUUUUUUUCAGUUAAAUGGUUCAAGCUAGUGUUUCUCCACCAGUUCCUCAUUGGGAACUUGGAAUUGGCUCUAUUGCUUGCCACGCGUGGAAUAAAGAUAGAACACAAAUUGCCGUCUCUCCAUCAAAUAAUGAAAUACACAUUUUUGAAAAGUCUGGUGAUUGUUGGCGUUCAAUACAUAUUCUUUCUGAACAUGAUUUGCUUAUAACUGGAAUUGAUUGGGCGCCAGACACAAACAGAAUUGUUUCUUGUUCUCACGAUAAAAAUGCUUUUGUGUGGACAUUUGAUCCUAAGCAAGGACAGUGGAAACCGGAAUUAGUUUGGAUUCGAACAAAUCGGGCAGCAACGUGUCGUGAGAAUAAUUGGUGGAUAUCUAGACAAAUUAAAAAACCAAUUCGUUCAACUGUUAUUUCCCUUAAUUGGCAUCCAAAUAAUGUUCUUUUGGCAACUGGUUCUUGUGAUUUUACAACUCGAGUAUUUUCUGCUUAUGUUAAAGAAGUUGAUGAUAAACCUUCACCAAAUCCUUGGGGAACUAAAAUGCCUUUUGGUGAAUUAUUAAAAGAAUAUAAAACUGGCGGUUGGGUAAAUGAUGUGGCUUUUUCUCCUUCUGGAUGUCGAUUAGCUUGGGUCUGUCAUGAUUCAACAAUUUCAAUUUUUGAUUCAACUCACAAUCAACAACUACCAAUCACACAAAAAACACCCUUUUUGCCUUUUACUUCAAUUAAGUGGAUUAAUGAAUCUGAAAUAUUGACUGCUGGUUUUGAUUGUUCGCCAAUUCUUUACAAUUUUGACGGUUCUACAAUUAAAUUUAUUUGUAAAUUGGACGUUCCUUCUGAAAAUAAAAAUAAUCAAGCAAAUGUUAAUAGUGCCUUUGCAAUGUUCCGAAAUUUUGAUAAAAGGGCAGCUGUGGCAAAUGGUGGAGGGGGAAGUGAAUUUGGAAUGAAUAAUUCUUUUGCAAAAACUUUACAUCAAAACACUAUUUUGUAA